UACCCACAACAAAAAAAUUCCAUCACACCGAACUUUUUACAYAUAGCCUCUAUCUAUCUCACUCAWAACAAUAUCUUCCACUAAAUCAAGCAUUUUUUAGAAAACAUAACUGCUACAAUUUCCAGAGAUGGCUAUGGUUACAGCAUUGGUGAGCGAAAGGCCUGUGGUUAUAUUCAGUAAAAGCUCUUGCUGCAUGUGCUACACCAUUAAGACACUGAUCAGCAGUUUUGGGGCAAAUCCAACAGUUUAUGAGCUGGAUGAGCACCCAGAAGGGAAGCAAAUAGAGAAGGAACUCAGAGGAUUAGGGUGCAAGCCAAGUAUACCAGUUGUGUUCAUAGGUGAAGGGCUGAUCGGUGGUGCCAACGAAAUAAUGAGCCUUCAUCUGAAGGGUCAGCUGGUACCGUUGCUCCUCAAGGCUAAUGCUAUAUGGGUCUAGUAUUUGGUUACAAUAUUAUAGAGGAUGGAACUAAGUUUAACACAACUACGUAUAGCAGUUUGAUGCAUUUUAGUCAUAAGAGCAGGCACGACAAUAGUUGCUUCAGCCUUCUUUUAUGCUGUGCAAGUCCAACGAUAACUUAUGUGCUAACUUCUGAAUGUAAUUUCACUGGUUAUUGAGAAACAAUGAGAGAUACUACCUUUUCCAAGAGUUACUUUUGUUCCUUGUCUUAGAUUUAAUGUAAAAGUGCGCUAAUAUGCUAUUUAACUUCUACCGUGUUGUAGUACC